AUGUCCGGGCGCGGGAAGGGCGGCCAAGGGCUGGGCCAGGGCGGCGCCAGGCGGCUGCGGAAGGCCCUCCGGGACAGCGUCCUGGGCAUCACCAAGUCCGCCAUCCGCCGGCUCGCCCGCCGAGGCGGGGUGAAGCGCAUCUCUGGGCUCAUCUACGAGGAGACCCGCGGGAUGCUCAGGCUGUUCCUGGAGAACGUGAUCCGCGACGCGGUGGCCUACGCGGAGCACGGCAGGCGCAAGACGGUCACCGCCAUGGACGUGGUGUACGCGCUCAACCGCCAGGGCCGCACCCUCUACGGCUUCGGCGGCUGA